AUGGCAGGAGUCUUGUUUGAAGACAUCUUCGACGUCAAGGACAUCAACCCGGAGGGCGCCAAAUUCGACCGGGUGUCCCGACUGCACUGCGACUCGGAGAGCUUCAAGAUGGAACUGAUUUUGGACGUCAACUCCCAGAUCUAUCCGGUGGAUCUAGGAGACAAGUUCAGACUGUCCCUGGUCACUACAUUGCGCGAGGAUGGAGGGUGUUGCAAGAGUGUAGACAUGGCAGGAGUCUUGUUUGAAGACAUCUUCGACGUCAAGGACAUCAACCCGGAGGGCGCCAAAUUCGACCGGGUGUCCCGACUGCACUGCGACUCGGAGAGCUUCAAGAUGGAACUGAUUUUGGACGUCAACUCCCAGAUCUAUCCGGUGGAUCUAGGAGACAAGUUCAGACUGUCCCUGGUCACUACAUUGCGCGAGGAUGGAGGGGUAAAUUGA